UAACAAUCGGGAAGUUGGACGUAUAUUUGGUGGGACAGUUUACAAACAAACCAAAAAAAGGAUAGAAAACCGAAUUAGUGAGUACAUACAUAAUAACAGUUCUUAACGUUGAGAAUGCAUGCAGACAAAGAGAUCAUCUUCAGUAUUACUGCGAUUGUUUGCGCCUUUUCACUGAGCAGUACGAGUAUCGCAAUUCCUUUCUGGUUAACUACUGAAAUCACGGUAGACAACGUGCCAGUAUACUCGUAUGCCGGCCUUUGGAAGGACUGUGCUGAAGCUCUUGGGGAUACAGAGUGCAUACUGUUUACAGACGUUAAAGAUUUUGUGAAUGCUACGCGAGGUCUUUUGAUAGUUGGAACUGUGAUGGUUGGAUUAAGUCUGUUACUUGUAGUAAAAUACGCAGCGAAUCGAAGUACAGAAUCUUUAGCAAAUAUGCGCAUAAUAACUUUAUUGUUAGGAGUUAUUUUAGUUAUAACAGCAAUGAUCGUGUUUGCAAGCAACACUACAGAUUCUGGUCUGACAUAUGGGUCAGCAUUUUAUCUGACAUUACCUUCCUCGGUUAGCUCUAUUAUUGCUGCAUAUGUUGUCUUCAGAGCAAAGAAGAGCCAUGUGUCGCACGGAUAUAGUCCAAUAGGUUUUGAAUCUGCGAGAACGAGUGUUUGAUUAAUUAUUCCCUAU